GCCGUCGGCAAUUUUGUACCUACCUAUUAUAUAGUGUGAUAAUAAAUAGCUUUCUAUACUUAGUGAAACAGUAACAAUAGAAAGUUUUAAGUGCUUAUAUAAAACUGGUUUAUUUGAGAAUUAUUUAUAAACUCGUGCUAAUACGAAUUGAUGCUGACACAUUUCAAUACAUUGCAUAAAACUAUUUAAAUAAGUCAAGUACUACGACGACUAGCGUUUUGGUGUAACGAAGCGGUCGAAAAGUUCAGUGAUAUUGCAGUGCUUCCCAUUGCAUUGUGAAUACACACACAGCAAAACACGAAAACGAAAAAAAUAAACAAAACUGCGUGGUUCAACGUUAUCAUUUCGCAAUGCCAGACAAGUCGCUAAAAUAUGCAGAAUAUUCACAAUUUCAUUUUUCAAUUGCCGAUUACUGUGUCUUUGCGGCUAUGCUGCUAUUCUCCACGGGAACGGGUAUCUAUUUCGGCUACAUAAGAAAGAAAAUCAAACCAGUUCAGCCAAUCAGCAAUUUGGAGUUGAACACUCAUAAAAAAGAACCCGACUUUGGGUCCAAAGCAAUGAGCGAAUAUUUGUUGGGAUCGCGGAGGCUGAAAGUAUUUCCAGUGGCAAUGAGUCUUGUUGCCAGCUACAUUUCUGGUGUCACUAUGCUGGGCGUACCAUCGGAAAUCUACAGCUAUGGCACACAAUACUGGUUAAUUAUUGUGCCGAUUAUUUUGAUGGCGUUUGUUGUGUCUAAAGUGUAUUUGCCUGUUUUCUCGACAUUAAACGUUGGCUCCUCAUAUGAGUAUUUGGAAUUGCGUUUCAGUUCCAGUGUACGUAGCAUAGCCUCAUUUAUGUUUGUGAUGGACGAGAUAUUCUUCCUGCCUAUAAUUCUCUAUGUGCCCUCAAUUGCAUUUAAUCAAGUCACAGGCGUGAACAUUUACGUUAUAAGUGGCAUCAUUUGUGUGGUUUGCGUGAUUUACACAUUGAUUGGCGGCAUAAAGGCCGUUGUCCACACCGAUGCAUGGCAAACAUUGGUAAUGUUUAUUGCUUUAGUAGUUGUGGUCAUACUGGGAACGAUAGCGGCUGGGGGACCUGGUCCAGCAUUUAAGAAUGCUUCCGAAGGAGGUCGUCUUAUUUUCUUCAACGUAAAUCCAUCACCGUAUGAAAGACAAACAUUUUGGGCUGUUUUGAUUGGUGGAUUCUUCUAUUGGACCGCUUUCAAUAGUGUUAAUCAGACAAUGGUUCAACGCUAUAUGUCGCUGCCAACUUUGAAAAGGGGUCAAAGUUCGAUUAUAAUCUUUACUUUGGGUGUCGUGCUUUUCAUUUCCGUUUGCUGUUUUGCCGGCUUACUAGUUUUUGAUUUCUAUCAAAACUGUGAUCCACUUACAGCUGGACUCAUCUCGAACGAUGAUCAGUUACUACCGAUUUAUGUAAUGCAAACUGUUGGCCACCUACAAGGCAUACCCGGUCUCUUUAUUGCCGGCGUAUUUGGAGCAGCGUUAAGUUCGCUCUCCGUCGUACUCAAUUCAACCGCUUUGGUGUUUCUACAGGAUAUCGUGCGUGGCAGCUUUAAAGUGAAGCUCAGCGAACGUGCAACAAACGUGAUCGUUAAAAGUGUAAUAGUCUUUCUGGGUGCCGUUGCAAUGGCGUUAGUGUUCGUGCUCGAAAAGUUGAGCGGCAUAUUAAGUGUGGCCACUUCGGUGACUGCAAUUGCGGGUGGCACAACUUUUGGUAUUUUCACGCUUGGCAUGUUGGUGCCAUGGAGUAAUACGAAGGGUGCCUUAGCGGGCGCAGUAGCUGGCGCGCUAAUGUCCGGUUGGGUAUCAUUCGGUUCACAGGCUGUGAUAGCAGCGGGACGUAUAGGACCGCAUAAAUUGGAGGUUUCCGUAUCGGAAUGCCUUGUUAAUAUCACCGUACCGGAAACAGAUUAUGGUGAUGAAACGGAAGUGUUUCCAUUGUAUCGUUUAUCCUUUCAUUGGAUUACUGUAAUUGGCGUUUCGUCAACGCUGCUAGUCGGCACUGUAGUGUCUUUUCUCACCGGACCAACUGUGGUGAAAAAGUUGGAUGCUGAACUCUUAUCACCCGUAAUUCAUAGAUUUCUUCCGGAAGAAUGUUUCCCACCGCCUAACACAAAUCCUGAUUUCACCCGAGACAAUAACGCACAGACUUCAACUCAUCUUUUGGCCAAUUCAGAGCCUUUAAGUGACGUGGGUAGAUAUUAGAUAACAGGUAUAUUUUUUCGCAAGCGAAAAUUUACAGGAAAGCCUUACUAUAAGUACCUACAUAAGUAUGCAGUACUUAAUAGAAGUUAGCCCAAACAUGGGAAAGAACAUUCGGAUUGGUUGAAAACGAAAUCCGGUUUGUGAUGAUGUAUACUUUAUAAAAGUUAAACACUGUUGCAUUUGUAGUUACUAUUUAUGUAUAUGUAUGUACAUAUUUACUAGUUAGUAUGUAAAUUUAUACCGUAUUUACACCCAUGGCCAAGUUUGGCUAUAUUCCUUUUGUUUAUUUAAUAUUUAUUAUAUCAUAAAAAUGCAUAGAAAAUAAGUCCUGAAAAAUAGGAUUAAAAAGUUGGAAAUUUAGAUGCAACUUUGCAGAAUUUUCAUAAUUUUUACACAAAGCUUGAUAUAUGAAUUUAUGUGGUUUCCGUUUA